CUGGGAGCCGAGCUGGGCGGGCGGGGCUGGCCGGGACCGGACGGAGCGGGAGCGGCGGGGCCCCGGGUGCCUGCGGCUGCCCGGACGGACACUGGACGCGCCAGGGCCCGGCGGUGGAGCAGCUGGGAACCGACUGUCUGCAGCGAAGUUAGGGAUCUGCUCUCUCCAGGCUGGAGCCGGGGGUUGCUCUUCCAGGGACAGAAGCUGCCCGGAGCAGGAAGCUGGGUCUCACUGGGAUCUGACCUCGGUGACCUCGCAGACUGAGCGGGGGCGCAGCCCCCACCCCCUAGAGCAGCAUGGAUGCCCCCCACAGAGACAUGGAGCUGCUCAGCAACAGCCUGGCGGCCUUCGCACACAUCCGCGCGAACCCCGAAAGCUUUGGGCUCUACUUCGUGCUGGGUGUUUGCUUUGGCCUCCUGCUCACUCUGUGCCUGCUGGUCAUCAGCAUCUCCUGCGCCCCGCGCCUGCGCCCCCGGGGCCCUGCCCCGCUCCGCGACCCCCGCAGCAGCACCCUGGAGCCCGAGGAUGACGACGAGGACGAGGAGGACACGGUGACCCGCCUAGGCCCCGACGACACGCUGGCGGGCCCCGAGCUGCCCACGGAGCCCGACGGGCCCCUGAGCGUCAAUGUCUUCACAUCGGCCGAGGAGCUGGAGCGGGCGCAGCGGCUGGAGGAGCGGGAGCGCAUCCUGCGGGAGAUCUGGCGCACCGGGCAGCCGGACCUGCUGGGCACUGGCACCCUGGGGCCCAGCCCCGCCACCACAGGCACCUUGGGCCGCGUGCAUUACUACUGACCGGCCCCUCGCACCGCCUGCAAGGCGCGCUGCUCUGCUUGCUGGACGUGCACUUGAGCUCGGCGCUGCCCCAGGACCUUCGGACUGCCCCUGCCCACGGUGCUAUAGAAGUCCAGCCCCCAGUGGCCCCGGGUGCUAAUGGGCAUGGAUCCUUACUCUCUGGAAAGGACCCUUCUCCAGUCCAACCUGGAGACCUUGGGGGAGGGGGAAAAUGAUUCAGAGCCCCCUACCCUUUCUGGAGGAACCGUUAAGAGGUGACGUGACCAAUGAAAGCUACAUUGCCAGUG